GACCACUGUCUGACUCUGCACUGAGUCUACUGACCAGGGCAGAGCCCCUCCCCUCCGUCCGCCAGCCGCCACGUCCCCGGCCGACCCGACCACCCCUCGCCGCCGGACCGCAUCUCCAUCUCCAUCUCCAUCUCCAUCCCCUCCCCUCAUCCCCACCUCCAGAUCCGCGCGCUCCCCCAGCAUCCCUCCGCCCGCCGGGAACUUUCCUCCGAGCUCGAUCCAUCCAGUGGCCGGCGACAGCGACCGCCCGCCGCGCCGAUCGAUCCAGCCAGCAACCUGGAGUCCCAGUCAACCCAAGUCGCACCACGUGCCACCAUUUUGACGAGCUCCGCCGCUGCUACCCCGUAGUAUUUUUCUCCCUAAAUUCCUGCCCCCGGCCUCCCCUCACACCGACGGCGCCCCGGCCGCCCCUCCCCGCCCGCCGCACCUCCGGUGAGCGCCUGACCCGAAGUCCGCGUCUUCACGCCGACCCUUCCGAUCUCCGUCUAACCUGCUUCCGGCUCUGUCCAGCUCCGCGUCCACCUCCCGCCCGAGAAACCCUAGCCACAGCAAGGAGGAGGCCAUGAGGGGGAAGAAGCCGCUCAAGGAGCUCACGCUCUCCGUGCCGGCGCAGGAGACGCCCGUCGAUAAGUUCCUGACGGCGAGCGGUACAUUCAAGGAUGGUGAACUGCGGCUUAAUCAAAGAGGUUUGCAGCUUAUCUCCGAGGAAAAUGGGGAUGAACACCAAUCAACAAAAAUGAAGGUGGAAGAUGUGCAGUUAUCAAUGGAUGACCUCGAAAUGAUUCAGGUCAUUGGUAAGGGAAGUGGUGGCGUCGUCCAACUAGUGCGGCACAAGUGGGUGGGCACAUUUUAUGCCUUGAAGGGCAUUCAAAUGAACAUUCAGGAGUCAGUACGCAAACAGAUAGUACAGGAGCUCAAAAUAAAUCAAGCAACACAGAGCCCCCAUAUUGUCCUUUGCCAUCAAUCUUUUUACCACAAUGGUGUAAUAUAUCUUGUUCUGGAAUAUAUGGAUCGUGGAUCUCUUGCAGACAUAAUUAAACAAGUCAAAACCAUUCUGGAGCCAUACCUUGCAGUACUUUGCAAGCAGGUUUUGGAGGGUCUGUUAUAUCUUCAUCAUGAAAGGCAUGUGAUUCACAGGGACAUAAAGCCAUCUAACUUGUUAGUUAACCAUAAAGGUGAAGUAAAGAUUACUGAUUUUGGGGUGAGUGCAGUGCUAGCAAGUUCAAUCGGUCAGCGUGAUACAUUUGUUGGAACCUACAACUAUAUGGCGCCUGAGCGGAUUAGUGGCAGCUCCUAUGACUACAAGAGUGAUGUAUGGAGUUUGGGCUUGGUAAUACUUGAAUGCGCCAUUGGCCGCUUCCCCUAUACUCCUCCGGAAGGAGAAGGUUGGUUAAGCUUCUAUGAACUAUUAGAAGCAAUUGUUGACCAGCCACCACCUUCUGCACCUGCAGAUCAGUUCUCUCCAGAAUUUUGCUCAUUUAUCUCUUCCUGCAUACAAAAGGAUCCCGCCGAACGGAAGUCGGCUUCAGAACUCUUGAACCAUGCCUUCAUCAAGAAGUUCGAGGACAAGGACCUAGACCUGCGGAUCCUCGUCGAGAGCCUCGAGCAGCCCAUGAACGUUCCCGAGUGAGGGUUGCCGCUCGGAGAGGCGAGGCUUUGCGGCGACUCUCUUCCAGGGCCACCCUCCCGACGGCAAUCGUGUAACUGCUGCGAACCCGGUGGGUUCACAGAUGAUGCCCCACCCCUGUAUGUGAUGAUGUUUACGUUGGGAAAAAUUCGCGGAGGAGCCGAACGGAUUGUUAAUGUAUGGUGGUGACUUGAGGCCCUUUUGUUGUGUCUUGCUAUGAAUGAAUGAGUGAGUGAAUGAA